UAAAAGCUUAUUAACACUGCAUGUAAAAUGGCGAAGAGAUGCUUGGUCCUUCGUCAAGUGACUGCUUUGACUUUGGCACUUUGCGUGGACGCCUGCUUUGUGUACGCGGCCGUGGUCGUGGAACACGCGCACGGGACCGGUGCGAGUUCCGCAUGGGUGUUUGCGCUGCUGAGGUGUUUGGCGCUCGGCGCGGUAACCGUGGCGGCGCUCGGAGGACUGCCGCCGGUACCGGCUCGCCUCCUCGCCGCGCACUGUGCACUUCCCGCCGUGAUGGAGACCGGGACCGCGGUGCUGGGCCUGGAGGACAACCGGUGCGGCGUGGUGGCGGACGCGCGCUGCUGGCUGAUGUGCACCGGAGCCUCGCUGGCUGCUGCCUUCUUUUGGGAAACGCUCCUCCCGGUCUCCGAUGGCGAAGGAAAGACGCAAAACAAGCCCAGAGUGUUGUUCAUGAGAGUGGUCCGCAUGUACAAGCCGGACUAUCCCGCGAUGCUCGCUGCCUUCUUCUUCCUCACCCUGGCUGUUGUCUGUCAGAUGUCCAUUCAGUUUUACACGGGGAAGAUUAUUGACAACCUGCGUGCUAAUUACUUGCCAAAUGAAUUCUUCUCAGCGCUCCUCCUCAUGGGCCUCUACUCUUUGGGAAGCUCACUGGGCGCAGGCUGCAGAGGGGGUCUCUUUACGUGGGCCAGACACUCUUUUACGUGCAGAGUCAACUGCAAACUGUUUGAAGCUUUGACCAAACAGGAAGUUGGGUUUUUCGAGACGGUACAGAUAGGUGAACUCACAAGCAGGUUGUCUACGGACACCAGCAUGAUGGGGGAUACAGCGUGUCUCAACGUCAACGUUCUGCUGAGGAACCUCAUCAAGAUGGUUGCCAACUUGGUCCUAAUGUUGCAACUAUCAUGGCAGCUGACACUUAUAGUGUUGAUGGUGGUCCCGGUUUCGAGCCUCAUACAGAACAUCUACAACAAGCACGAGCAGCGGUUGAAGCUGGCCAUACAGAACUCCCUGGCCGAGGAAAAAAAAACGGCCCAUGAGAUCCUUUCGGGUAUCCGUACGGUACGGAGCUUUAGCGCUGAGAAACACGAGGCCCGUCACUAUGACAACCGGCUGCUGGACACGAACGUCCUCAAGAACCAGCGGCAAACUGUCAGGAUUGUGUACCUUCUCGGAAGGAGGUUGACAGAUUUGGUGAUGCAGGUGCUGAUCUUGUGGUAUGGCAGGUUGUUCAUCCAGAGGGGGAAAAUGAGCACCGGCCACCUAGUCACCUUCAUCCUCUACCAAUCAGAUCUUCAGUACAACAUCAUGGCACUAAUCUACAUCUGCAGCAACAUGCUGAACUCAGUGGGGGCCGCUGCUAAAGUGUUUGAGUAUCUGGAUCGAGAACCUCAGAUCAACACCAAGGGGGAACUGGCACCCAAUCAGCUUCAAGGACACAUUGUCUUCUGCAAUCUGAACUUUGCCUAUCCGAAGCGCCCUGACAUACCUGUGCUAAAGAACUUCUCUUUGGAGCUGAGAGCGGGUGAGAUGACAGCGCUGGUGGGACCGUCGGGAGAGGGGAAGAGCACUUGUGCGUGUUUGCUGAAGCGCUGGUACGAGCCGGGGGACGGUAAAAUCCUGUUGGACAAGGUUCCCCUGGAAUCCUACAACUGCCGCUACCUCAGCAAGAAGAUCGCCUUGGUAAACCAGGAGCCAGUGCUCUUCUCAGGCACAAUUGGAGACAACAUCGCCUACGGACUUGAUGACUGCUCCAUUCACACCAUUCAGGAAGCGGCUGGACUGGCUGACGCCCACAACUUCAUCAUGCAGCUGGACAAAGGCUACGAUACAGAGGUAGGCGAGGGGGGCAGCUUGUUAUCCAAGAGCGAACGGCAGCGGAUCGCUGUUGCUCGAGCGCUGGCCAGGCAGCCACAGGUCCUGAUUCUGGAUGAAAUAACAAGCUGCCUGGAUGAGGACAGUGAAAACAAGGUCCUGCGAAACCUGGCCAAUCGCCUCAACCAAACUCUUCUGGUGAUUGCUCAUAGACUCAACACCAUCGAGAAGGCCGAUCAGAUUGUAGUGAUCGGUGGCGGCAGGGUUCAAGAGCUGGGAACCCACCGAGAAUUGCUGGCCAAGAAGGGGAUCUACUGCAAAGUGAGAGAGAAGCUUGCCACAAAUUGAAGCUACUGACAGGCUCCAUUUACCAUUAGGUAUUUCCAAGGUUCUAUACUGCUAUCAUAAUACAACAAAUUUAAAUAUUUAUCUCAAUAGAUAUACAGUAUGACUCAGGUUUUGUCAAAGGAUUGUUAAAACUUAAAAUUAAUAAUUAAAAUAAAGCCUAAUAAUAAAAGUAUUUUAUAAUGAGUAAACAAAGGUUGCUGUGUUAAAAUACCUCAAUUAAAAAACUUAAAUGGUAUCACUGAUUUUGCAUCAUCUGUUAUGGUGAUUUUGUUCAUAAAAUUGUUGCUAUAGCAGGGGUCUCAAACUCAAUUUACCUGGGGGCCACUGAAAGCAGAGUCUGGGCGGGGCGGGGCUGGGCUGCAUCAGGUAUUCCACAAGAAAAGCUUUGUUGAAAAAAUUCCAAACUUCGUGGUGGCACUGUCGUGUUUAGCCAACGCACGGAGAACGUCUCAAUGCACGGAGAAGGUCAUUUCCUUCAUGUGUGUCAUUUCUGCUUUCUCCCGUUCAACAGCACGGCGGUGGAUAAUAGCCCGGUAGCAGUCUUCUUUGUUUUUGCGCUCGAUGUUGAUGUCUUUCAUGAUUAUAUAAACACCGUGGGAUUCGAAGAUGGCACGCCGGAUGACACUCCGGCGUGCCGUUACUUGUAAAGUAAUUGGAAAUGACACCAAUCAUCAUCAAUCUGUGGUAAAGGUUUUGCACAAAAUCAGAGUUUGAAAGUACACAUGAGAAUACACACUGGUGAAUAUUCACAUUGCUGUUCAAUCUGCAACAGAAGCUUUUGUGGACGAUCAAACCUUGUAAGACACAUGAGAAAACACACAGGAGAGAAAGUGUUGAGUUGCAGUGUGUGUGGUGAAAGAUUCUUUUAUAAGUACCAGUGUGAGAAACACAAGUGUGCUGGUGAGAACAGCAGCAGCAAAUGAAACUGCAGGAUUUGAAAUAAACUGUCAAGACUUUCAUUUUGACUUUCUAACAACAUCAGCACAUAUAACAUGUGUGACAUUGUUGUUUGUGUAACAAUCUUUUUAAUAUGCUUCUAUAUUUAUAGAUGUUAUUUUAUAUUAGUGCUUUUUUCAGUCAAGUACAUGCAUUAAUAUGCAACAUUGUGUACUUUUAUUAAACAUUGAACAGAACAAUUUGACUGAAAAGGUGAGAGUAAACACUACAAUACAUAUUUUACAUUCAAUAAGCAUUUUAUGUGUAUAUAUAUUCAUCAUGGGACGGUAUAGCUUGGUUGGUAGAGUGGCCGUGCCAGCAACUUGAGGGUUCCAGGUUCAAUCCCCGCUUCCGCCAUCCUAGUCACUGCCGUUGUGUCCUUGGGCAAGACACUUUGCCCACCUGCUCUCAGUGCCACCCACACUGGUUUAAAUGUAACUUAGAUAUUGGGUUUCACUAUGUAAAGCACUUUGAGUCAAUAGAGAAAAAGCGCUAUAUAAAUAUAAUUCACUUCACCAAGCUGUUGUUGAUAGGAAUGUAGUAAUAAAAGACAAAUGAACUCAAAUAGAAAUAUAUAAAGUGUUCAUCAUGUGAGGCAAAGCAAGUACAACGCAAAUAGCGAAAUGCAAAUACAAAAUAAUGACCCACAAAUAACGAUGUUACCCUAUAAUUGAUCUGGAUUAUCGGAGACUGUUAUUGUCGGCGGACACUAAGCGCCUUGUUAGCCUGCUCAUUGUGUUUUCUGAUUUUGUGCCUGAGCCUUUUGUUGCAGUGCCUUUUUGUUCUUUUGGUACCGUAGUUUUUGUUUUUUAAUUAUUGACUCUGUGGACAUUAAAGGACUUGUCCUCUGCGCUUUUUGGGAUCCACCACAGUAAGCCAUGACAUAUACGUAUAAUGUCCCGCUGGGCAGCAACUUCAGAAACUUCGAUUUGAAGUGUUGUGAACGCAGCGUGCUGAAUGUCCGUGUGUACCCAAUAGAAACGAGGCAGCCAUCUAGGCACGGAAGAAAACUCUCCAUAGCAACACUACUGUAACUUUCACUUAUUGAGAGCCACAUACCCUACCGUGAUUGGUAGGUUAAUUGAGCUCCACACUCAACACUGUAAAGUGCCAUUCAUAUAAAACUUGCGAGCCGCACUAACAUUAAACUUUCCUAUUAAGAUGGGGGCCGCAAAAUAUUGUCUCGGGGCCCGCAAUUGGCCUGCUGGCCGCGAGUUUGAGACCCCUGUGCGAUAGCAUUGAGGAAUGUAAUACAAAAGCAAGGUGACUAAAGUCAUGCUUCGAUAUACUGUAGUUAGGAUUUAAGUAGUCUUAGUUUUUAACAUAUAUUGACACAAACCCACUGAUUCAGUUUGCCCAAAGCCUCCAAGACAAAUCCUUACUGUCCGUGCUUAAGAUGUGCACAAGACGGUGCACCAAUUGCGGUGAUAGGGAGUGGUAUGGAACCGCUUGCCAAGAGUGAACCGCCAUUUCAGGGCUUGAAAGCUGCAAUGUAAAAUGGCGGACAUAAACUGGCUGCAUGGGUUGUGUCUUUUGGCAAUAUUAGCAUGUGGGAAAGUCCCUUCUCUGUGGAUUUUUGCUUUCGGUUUCCUUGUGACGCGAUGUGCCUUACAUCUUGUCAAAGUAACCCUUACUGAUAGCCAGAAAUAAGCGGCUUCCUUCAAAGCUGCUCUGAAAAGCCACCUAAGGCGGUGCCUACCCGUAACUGGGAAUAGACAAAGUCUUUAAUUUUUUUUAAAUUUCAAAUCUUUAUUUAUUUUAUUGCAGUAACUUUUGUCUUUUAACACUUUCUCUGUGGCACUGUGUUCUAUCUGUAUAUUUUCCAAUGUUAUUUUAGUUAAAAGGAUUUCAAUUGAAACAA